UGUCCGCAGUCUCUGGUCAUCUCCUGUACUGUCUGCAGUCUCUGGUCAUCUGUACUGUCUGCAGUCUCUGGUCAUCUGUACUGUCUGCAGUCUCUGGUCAUCUCCUGUACUGUCUGCAGUCUCUUGGUCAUCCCCUGUACUGUCUGCAGUCUCUUGGUCAUCCCCUGUCAUCCCCUGUACUGUCCGCAGUCUCUUGGUCAUCCCCUAUACUGUCCGCAGUCUCUUGGUCAUCCCCUAUACUGUCCGCAGUCUCUGGUCAUCCCCUAUACUGUCCGCAGUCUCUGGUCAUCCCCUGUACUGUCCGCAGUCUCUGGUCAUCCCCUGUACUGUCCGCAGUCUCUGGUCAUCUCCUGUACUGUGUCUGCAGUCUCUGGUCAUCCCCUGUACUGUCCGCAGUCUUUGGUCGUCUCCUGUACAGUGUCUACAGUCUCUGAUCAUCUCCUGUACUGUGUCUGCAGUCUCUGGUCAUCUCCUGUACUAUGUCCGCAGUCUCUGGUCAUCUCCUGUACUGUGUCUGCAGUCUCUGGUCAUCCCCUGUACUGUAUCUGCAGUCUCUGGUCAUCUCCUGUACUAUGUCUGCAGUCUCUGGUCAUCUCC